UUCUUCCUCAGUUCUUCUAAAGCUCUUUCUUUAGAAACAUCAGGAAACAGGGGUGUGUGAAGAAGCUGCUGCCGCUGUGAGGGUCCCAGGAUUUGCUUCUUUCAUAAGUUGCUGGUCAUUACUCCACAUGCCUUAUAAGAGUUACUUAGUCACAACACUUAGGAGGUGGGUAUUCUGAUCCUCAUUUGACAGAAGAGGAAUCUAACCCUCGGAGGACGUGAGCUGCCCAGGCCUGGGCCCAGUGAUCCAGAUGGGCUCUUAUCGAAGUUUGUCUGACACUAAAGCCCCAUAAUCUGAACCACUGCACAACCCACCUCCCUGGAUGCUCUUCUAUAGGCGACAACUACAUUCUCCUGACACUUGACCAACAUGAAUUUCAAUAAAUGUCUCUAUAAUAUUGGGGAAUGGCUAGGCAGCGAUGACCUGGCCUCCCUCAAAUUCCUGAGCCUGGACUACAUCCCACAAAAGAAGCAAGAACCCAUCAAAGAUGCCUUGAUGUUAUUCCAGAGACUCCAGGAAAAGAGAAUGUUAGAGGAAAGCAACCUGUCCUUCUUGAAGGAGCUGCUUUUCCGAAUUAAUAGACUGGACCUGCUAUUCAAAUACCUGCACACCAGCAAGGAAGAGAUGGAGCAGGAGCUUCAGACACCAGGCAGAGCUCAGAUCUCUCCCUACAGGGUCAUGCUUUUUCAAAUUUCAGAAGAUAUAAGCAAAUUGGAAUUGAGGUCGUUUAAGUUUCUUUUGAGCCAGGACAUCUCCAAAUGUAAAGUGGAUGAUGAUAUGAACUUGCUUGAUAUUUUCAUAGAGAUGGAAAAGAGGGUCAUCCUAGGGGAAAGAAAUUUGGACACUCUGAAAAGAAUCUGUGACCAAAUCAACAAAAGCCUGCUGAAGAAAAUCACCGAUUAUGAAGAAUUGAGCAGAGAGGGAAGACCGAGCCUUCAAAGAAGUCAAGAUGAAUUUUCAAAUGGGGUGGAGUCCCUGGAAAUGAUGGCAUUGUUGGACUCUCCACAAGAACAGGACAGUGAGUCACAGACAUCGGACAAAGUUUACCGAAUGAAAAGCAAACCUCGAGGAUAUUGUUUGAUCUUUAACAAUUAUGAUUUUAGCAGAGCACGGAAGGAUGUGCCCAAACUUCAGAACAUUAAGGAUAGGAACGGAACAGAAUUUGACGCAGAGGCUUUGAGUAAGACCUUUAGUGAGCUUCAUUUUGAGAUUGUGAAUUUCAAAGACUCUACAGCAAAGACAAUCUGUGAGGUUCUGAAAACCUACCAAAGAAUGGACCAUAAUAACAAGGAUUGCUUCAUCUGCUGCAUCCUCUCCCAUGGAGACAAGGGCAUCAUUUAUGGCUCUGAUGGGCAGGAAGCCCCCAUUUAUGAGCUGACUUCUUACUUCACUGGUUCAAAGUGCCCUUCCCUUGCAGGGAAGCCCAAAAUCUUUUUUAUUCAGGCUUGUCAAGGGGAUAACUUCCAGAGAGGUAUAGCUGUUGAGACUGACUCUAAACAGAAGGAAGCCUACUUAGAAAUAGACUCAUCACUUCAUAAGAGCUAUAUUCCAGAUGAAGCUGACUUUCUGCUGGGGAUGGCCACUGUGAACAACUGUGUUUCCUACCGAAACCCCAUGGAGGGGACCUGGUAUAUCCAGUCACUUUGCCAGAGCCUAAGAGAAAGAUGUCCUAGGGGUGAAGAUAUCCUCACCAUCCUUACCGAGGUGAACUUUGAAGUGAGCAAUAAGGAUGACAAGAAAAACAUGGGGAAACAAAUGCCCCAACCUACUUUCACACUGAGGAAAAAACUCUUCUUCCCUAUUAAUUGAUGCUGUUUAGUUGCAUAACACUAUGCUUAAUUUAUUUUUUAGUUAUAGGCUUUUUUUCUUUCUUUUGGAUGGCAGGAGAGGAGAAUGAGAGUCAGGACAACCUAAUUUCUAUGCAAAUUCAAGCCUAAAUUUUUGACUUCGCAGUAAUAGCUAGAGAUUGGUAUACAUAGGCAUGGUUUUAAUUUUAUUUUGGAUUUAAUGAAAAAGUUUCUAAAAAACUUACAGUAGACAAAAAAUAUAGUAAAUUUAAAUGAAAUGUAUGUAACAUCAUAAAGUUCAAAAGGAGUGGCAGAAUGUUCUUUGUACAUCUCUCAUCUGCUUUCAACCUAGAAUCAUUUUUUAUUUUUUAAAUUUUUUUAAACUUAUUUCUGAGAUAGAGAGACAGCAUGAGCAGGGGAGGGUC